AGGCGGACGCUAUUAGGUAAAAACAAACAUGGCGGCGCUCGGUGCGGCACGGUGCUUAUUUCGGAGCCAUUCUCGGGUUAAACAUGUGCAAAAGAGCAAGCACAUGCUGGUCAAAUGUGGCGCCCGGACGCUUUGUAGCGGAACCAAAGACACCGCCCUCUCAGAUGAUGCGAAGCCUCAGUUCACCGAUCCUUCUGUUCAGGACAUUCUCACCAGGAUAACUGGCCUGGACCUGCAGAAGGUGUUCCGACCAAUCAAACAGGAGCUGAAGCCGCCCACAUAUAAACUCAUGACAGACGAGCAACUAGAGCAGGCAACAGAGUUAGCCACAGAGCAGGCCAAGAAGCUGCUGAAGAUGCCACCUGUCCUGCAGGAGAGGAAGCCCAUAUACGAUGUGCUGUCCGUGGACAAGAUCCUGGCGGGCACCGACACAGCCAAAUAUGUCUUCACAGACAUCACCUAUAACAUCCCACACAGGGAGAGGUUCAUCGUUGUAAGGGAGACCGACGGGACGCUGAGGAAGGCGAAUUGGGAGGAGAGAGACCGGCUCAUUCAAGUCUACUUCCCAAAGGAGGGGCGGAAACUCACAGCGCCGCUCAUCUUCAAGGAAGAGAACCUCAAGAUGGUGUUCUCCCAGGACCGCCACGAGGAUGUGCUGGACCUGUGCCUGGUCCAAUUCGAACCAGACUCCUCAGAAUACAUCAGGGUACAUGCAGCCACCUAUGAGGACCUGGACAAGCACGGCAAAUAUGAGCUGCUGCGCUCCACCAGGCACUUUGGAGGCAUGGCCUGGUACCUGCUCAACGCCUGCAGGGUGGAUGGGCUUCUAGUGGACAUGCUGAAGAAAGAGCUUCUCCAGGAUGCAGUGAGCCUCGUGUCUCUGUUUCACAUGGUCCACCCCCACAGUGAGUCAGCCCAGGAAGCUGCUAACCAGCAGGCCACUGGCACCGACCUGCUGAAGAUCUAUGCCCAGAAGGACUCCCAGAGGUCGGGCUACAUUGAGCUGGCCCUACAGGCGUUUGAACAGCUUGAUGCGAAGAGCUCUGCUGCCUGACUGGCCCAUUCCUGAAUAGUUAUAUUCAAAUUCUUUUGUGUUUAACCAGAUGGAAUGUGGCCUCCAACAACGUGGAAUGCAACAAGUUUCCAUCCUCACUGUUUGGGUCGUUGUCAACAUGCUCCUCGGGUUAAAGGAAAGCUGUACUGAACAGCCAGACUGGAGACUUAUGUAUUCGACUAAGAUGCACUAAGUAGUUCAUUCUUUGUGGGAGAAAAAUAAUAUCACACCCUCAUUGUGUCAAAGUCAAAGCUGAAAUCAUGUACAUAAACAAAUAAAGAUCUUUGUACUUGUGUGA